AGUGCAGGACCAGAGAAAUAGGAGGGAGAGACGGGGAUGCAUCCCCACUACUGAAGCUUCUCAGUAGGUAGGCUUGUAACUCAGCUCCUCCAUCCCUUCUGUCCUCAAGGAAAGACAGGAGCCGUUGCUUUGAACACGCAGCUCAUGCAAACAAAGAACAGGUGUGUGUGUGUGGCAGCCUAUUCAGACUGUAUGAUGCAAAGGAGCACUUACUUCAUUUUAGCAAUUCUGAGUCCCCUUCUCACAGUGAGUUUGUGAGGAGAGAGCUGGGUCCUCUACUGAUGGAAUUUUCUUCUCUUCUUAUAGGUUUCUAAAGAUGAAAAUGGUGGCUAGAAAUGACUCCUUAGUGACUGAAUUUAUUCUUGCUGGAUUAACAGACCACCCAGAGCUCCAGCAACCCCUCUUUUAUCUGUUUCUCAUGAUCUACAUUGUCACGGUGGUGGGCAACCUUGGCUUGAUCAUUCUCAUUGGCCUUAACUCUCACCUCCAUACCCCCAUGUACUAUUUCCUUUUCAAUCUGUCCUUCAUUGACCUGUGUUACUCUUCUGUUUUCACCCCCAAGAUGCUGAUGAACUUUGUGUCAAGGAAGAAUAUCAUCUCCUAUGUGGGAUGCAUGACUCAGCUGUUUUUCUUCCUCUUUUUUGUCAUCUCUGAAUGCUAUAUGUUGACCUCAAUGGCCUACGAUCGCUACGUGGCCAUCUGUAAGCCCCUGCUGUAUAAGGUCUCCAUGUCCCGUCAGGUUUGCUCCAUGCUGACUCUCGCUGCGUAUGUGAUGGGAUUCGGUGGAGCUGCUGCCCACACAGGGUGCACGCUUAGACUAACCUUCUGCAGUGUGAAUGUCAUCAACCAUUACCUGUGUGACAUCCUCCCUCUCCUCCAACUUUCUUGCAGCAGCACCUACGUCAAUGAGGUAGUAGUUCUCAUUGUCGUGGGAAUUAAUAUCACAGCACCCAGUUUUACCAUCCUGAUUUCUUAUAUCUUCAUCCUCACCAGCAUUGUUCAUAUCAAAUCUGCUCAAGGAAGAUCAAAAGCCUUCAGUACCUGUAGCUCUCACAUCAUUGCUCUUAGUCUUUUUUUUGGGUCAGCAGCAUUCAUGUACCUUAAAUAUUCCUCUCCUGGAUCUAUGGAGCAGGGAAAAGUUUCCUCUGUUUUCUAUACUAACAUAGUGCCCAUGCUCAAUCCCCUGAUCUAUAGUUUGAGAAACAAGGAUGUCAAAGUUGCAUUGAAUAAAAUGCUUGAUAAAAGGACCUUUUCAUAA